CAUUGACAGCUGACAUAUCAGUAUUAAGGAAUUUUCAAUUUUACUAAAUUCAAUUUCAAUAUUUAUAUUUUAUUUAUUUUAUUGAGCUGUUUGUGAUUUUCAUGGAAUUUUAGAUUGCUAAAUAAGUGAACCAAAUACAAACUAAAAUUACAAGAUCGAACCGGAAAGAUUGAAUUCUCAUCCAUACGGUAAACCUAAACAACAAAUUGUUGUAAAGAAUUCAUCAAUCUUCCCUUGAAAAAUUAACUGGUUUUAAAAUAGGUCUGCUCUGCGGUAUAUUUAGUAUAGAUCUCAGAAUAGAAAAGCAUUCGAAAAGGUUAGCGAUUAUACCCAAUUUUACUCGCUAACCAAAGAUCUCUUUAGAUCAGGGAACGUUGUUACAAUGACUUACCUUUGCUUUGUAUGCAAUGAUGGAGUUAUUAAUAACAUAGAUGAUACCACAAGGGACAAAUAUAGAGAUGUUAUUGGUGUUCUUUUGGUUCCAGAUUCCCAAUUGUGCUAUAUAUGCUGUCAUGUAUUACAUAAACUGUGGAUGUUCAAGACAGUUUGUCUGGAGAGGAGCUUGGAACAUCCUACUUUACAAAGCAAAAAAUGUUCCAUAAAAUUACAGAAAAGCGACUUAGAAAUUCACAUCCUAUGUCCCGAGAAAUGUUAUGAACACAAACAAUUACAUAGCAACAAAAGCUAUCAAUAUAAUGAAGAUUCCAAUGAUUACAACUCUCAAUACAUAAAUAAUGUUGUAUAUAUACAAAAUGAUAAUCAAUACAUUGACAAUGUAAACGAUGACUUUGAAUACAUUGAUAGAAAUAAUCAAUAUACAAACCAUGAUAAUUUAAAAUUAAAUUGCAAUGAACAUGGUCAAAUUAAACGCAAUACAAUAACACAAUUCAACUAUGAUGUAAAUAAUGAUUUUGAAUACAUUGAUAAAGACAAAGAAUAUACUAAUAAUGCUAAUUUAAAAGUAGAUAGCAAUGAACAUACCAAACAUACCAUAACACAUGUAACAAUGCAACAGUUCAACUAUGAUGCAAAUAAUGAUUUUGAAUACAUUGACAAAGACAAUCAAUAUAUCAAUGAUGAUAUUUUAAAAUUAGCAAGCAAUAACCAUAAUAUUCAACAUGUCUCAAUGCAACAAUUCAAUUAUGAUGCAAAUAAUGAUUUUGAAUACAUUGAUAAAGACAAUCAUUUAAAUGAUAAUAAUGCAAAAUUAGAAUGUGAUGCUCCAAACAAUAAACAUAAUUCAAUGGAACAAAUAAAGUAUGAUGUAACACAAACAAAUAUUAAUCAGGAUUCAAAAAAUGAUCAAUCAAUAGAUGAUGAUAUGAGACUUGAUGAUCAAUUGAUUAAACAAUCAGUGAAUGAUGAUACGAUAGAUGAUAAUCACAUGAUUGAGUCGAAUAAUCAACAGAACAAAUUAACAGAUAUUAUAGAAAAUAGUAACUUGAUAUAUGACAAUAAAAUUGAAAAUGAUAAUACAGAAAUCUUAGAAGCAAUUCAUAAUAUCAAUUUAGAAACAAAUCAUAAUAACGAUAAGUUAGACAUUUCUAAACAAGAGGAUAUUGAAGAAAAUGUUGAUAAAAAUAGUGAUAGUGAAAAGAAGAUUAAAAAGAAGUCUAGUAAAGUUUUCAAGAGGAUAAUUUUGAGUUUAGAGAAGCAGAAAGCAGAGUUAGAAGCUAACAGAAAGAAGAAGAAGUAUAUGGAAGCUGAAUUCAAGUGUUAUAACUGUGCUCUGAGCUUCCUGUUUAAGGAUACGUAUCAAGUCCAUAUGAUGAGGCAUGAAGAGUCCAACGGUGAGUACGUAUGUCCAGCGUGUACACUCCGUUUCGCGAGCCCUGCUCUGCUGCGGGUGCACGUCGCUGGGCACGCCGAGCGCCACGCGUGCCGGCGCUGCGGCGAGGUGCUGCGCCCCCGCGCGCGCCGGAAGCACCCCUGCGCGAGCGGCACUCCGCCCCAGCAGGUCGCUUGCCAUCUGUGCGGGAACCUACUCAAAGACGCAAAUGGUCUGCAGCAGCAUUUAAAAAGAGUCCACGCGAACAAAGUCAGCGCGCGACGCUAUGCGUGCAAUGUAUGUGGAGAUAGCUAUACUAGACAGGGGGCUCUUCGGACCCAUAUGAUUAAACACAUAAACCGCAAGUUUCCCUGCGAGCUGUGCGCGCGUAGCUACAGCAGUCCGUACACGCUGGCGCAGCACAAGAGAACCCACCACGCCGCGCCGCUCACACACCACUGCGAUACGUGCGGCGCGGGCUACGGCUCCAGGAAGAGUCUGCUCGCGCACAUGAGGAAUACUAGCAACCAUUCUACCACUACAUACGAGUGCCCCAUAUGCAGUCGCGUGUGCCCCAACCAAAAGUCGCUCGCGUCCCACAUCCAGUGCGUGCACUCGAGUCGCAAGGACUACGCGUGCGCGCUGUGCCCCGCGCGCUACACCAGCAGGAAGUCGCUCGUGCGACACGCGCUCGCGCACACCGGCCGCGCGCCGGCGAGGGUCGUCGUGUGCCAUUUGUGCGGGAAUCAUUUCAAGGAUAACAGUAAACUGAACAGACACAUCCGAGAAGUAUGCAAGAAGGCGAAAGAAGAACAAAUGGCUGUGUACAGUUAGAAGUAUUGUUGUAUAAUAAGUAUAAUCUGUGAUAUUACAAUAAAUUGUUUUCUCUUAU